UCCAUAUCCGUAUCCAUAUCCAUUCGAUUCUUCGCAUUUUCUACACUGUCUUGUCUUUUGUCGAUUACCCAGUUAUACUUCUCGAGUUCUGCGGUUUUGUCGUCAUGGCGGGUGAAGACGAGACUCAGCGUCCAAAAAACCAGCAACAGUCCUCGGAUAGCUCCCGCGGGAGGUAUGACGACGAGAACCCGUUCGUCGCGUUUCGCCGUUUCGCCGAUGAACAGAUCUCCUCCUUGCUCCAGUCGGUGACGGGCCUCCCAUCCUCAGUGCAUUCUCCUCAUAGCGACCAUUGGCCUGUUUUCACAGAGAACAACCACCACAACAACAACAGAGACUCCCGUGCUCUCCAGCGGGUGGCGGCGGGUGGCAACGACCAGGAAGAUAGCGCACACUCACAAACCGCCUCAACCGACCCAUCUGCGCAACGAGAGAACUCGCCAACAUCGUCGCGAUGGCCCGAAACCGAAGACCCGUGGAAUACGCGUCGCGGACACAAACACCCCAACGCACCGUCCGGUUUCUUCGAUGACGUCGAUUUCUUCUUCGACUCCUUCUUCGACCGCUACUGGUUCAACGACGCCUUCUCCUCGCGUUUCUUCCACCCCUACCAGCGCCCCUUCUUCGCCAACAUGAUGAGCGAUGACUCGCCCGCCUGGCCCGUCACAUACCUCAUGUUCAGCCCCUACUCGCCGCUCCACCUAGAGCGCCAAGCCCAAUACCGAGCCCAUCGCGAUCGCGGCGUCUUCACUUCGCUCAUGUCUACGCUGAAGCCCUCGAGCUCUGAACACGAUCCCGCGGAGCCCCAGUGGCGCGAGGCCUUCGAGGACCUCCUGCGUCUCGAGAACGGAAUGCCCAUGCUGGAACGCGCCGCCGGCGCACAGCAACCAAGCCAGCCGCAGGAAUCCGCAAAGGACUGGUUGCAGGGUCUGGUGAAGCGGGGAAGUAUGGGAGAUCGCUGGAAAUAUGUCGCCGGGCAGAACGGUCACCCCUGGUCUUCGAUCACCCUCGACAACUCCAAGGAUAACCAGGCCCUUCCGGAGGGAGAACGCGCAGACGACCAGGCUGAAAAGACUGAAAUCCGCUGGAACGAGGAGGAUGGCUCGGGGGCCACGACAGAACUGGAUAUGUACGAUCGAUUUUUGACGGACAUUGAAGCGCGUCAGCGCGAGUUCUUCGAUGAAGCUCGCGCGAGUCCGCUCAUGCAUUUCCUUUUCCAGGGCUUGCAUUCGGCCCGAGACAGAAAGUCUCAGAGGGAGGAGGACAACGACGACGACACGAAGAGCUGGAUAGACCUCGUCUCAGGCGGCCAGAAGGAUUCCGUUCCUGAUUCCGUCCCGGAGCCAUCGCCAUCACCCCCAUCAUCGGAACAAGAUCCUUCCAAGGCCGUAGAGCCAGCCCAGCAACAACAACCCUACGUCAUAUCCACCAAGAUCACAACAGACCGCACCCGCCUCUCCGACGGCUCCGUGCAGACCAAGACGACCAAAACAAAACGGUAUGCCGACGGCCGCGAGGAGACCAAUGAAUCCGUUGAGGUUGUUCAUCCUUCCCAGCAGCACUCGGAUGGGUCGAGCAAGAAAGGCUGGUUCUGGACGGACUAAUUAAUCACUUAUGCCAAUGAUGCAGCCGCUAUUCUUUUCCUCCCUGUUUUUUUUGGUUGGAUUUGUUUUGUGUGUCCUUAGUUACGAUUCUCCUUGUGUUGAACACUUAGCGUUUUUUUUGGUGUUGGUUUUGAUUUUAUCAUUCUGCUCUGUUUCUUGCUGUCCUGCACUGCACUAUCGAAUUAUAUAGUUCUCGCGUGUCACGCUCACCAUGCUCAGACUUCCAUCUGCUUAUGUAUAACACUCACUCACUCACUUCAUCAUUUCCCUUACAAAUCAUCUCAAAGUUAAUCUGAUCCUGCUUUGUUCAUUCCUGCUUCAAACACGAGUCCAUUACAAGUUAGGCAGUUGAAACCAUCUAAUCAAUCACAAGAAUGAUAC